AUCUCAGCUAGCAAUCACUGAUGAAAGUUUAAUGCAUUAAACAUGACGUUAACGUGCCUUGUUGUGUCAGAUCCGCUUGGCGAACUUGAUCCAUACACUGGUUGUUUUCUACUGAGAUGUUUAAGCAUUGAGGACGUGCUACUGUGGUAUGCUAACUUUGUUUUGCAAUACACACUGAACUGUUUUCUUUUCGUUUUGACUUGUGAUGAUCCCACACUCUACACUUCUGUUGUUUUCUUUGAGGUGUCAAUCGCUCUUUUCUUGUCCCUCUUCCUGCAUAGUUGCAGGAAGUGCAUCAUUGACUAAUUAUACCGUGUGUGCUGCUGCUCCUCGGCUAUAUAGGCUGCUGGAGUCAGUCAAUCUGUCUCAGUCAUCCUGGACAUAUGGUUUGUUGUCUCCUUUUGGUUGUUUCCUUUUGUAUUUAUUUUAUUUUUUCCUUACACUUCACCAUACACUUUGAAUGUGAGUGUAAAUGUUUGUCUGUCUCUAUGUGUCAGCCUUGGGAUAGUCUGGUGAUCUGUCCACAGUGCACUCCACCCACCUCCUGUCGAGUAACAGUUGGGAUAGGCUUGAGCCCCCUUGCCUCUGUACCAGGUUACCAGGAGAAGCAGUUACAGAAAAUGAAUGAAUGAAUGAAUUUGUAAGUCCUGAUAAGUUCUAAUGAUUAUUCAGAAAGCCUUUGCAAGUGUUUUCUCUCUGAAAAAGGAACUCGACCAUCAGAGGGAGACCCUUACCUUCCCAUUUGUGUGAAUGACAAAGUAUUCCUGCAGUCCCCAAACACCUACAUGUCAAAUAUGAUAAUCUACAUUUAGGAAAGCAUGGCGUCACACAGUCUUCAGUCAACAGGAAGUCCUGUUCUUUGACCACAUAGUAGGUUGUGUUUUUUUUCCACUUCUCAUAAAACACGUCAGCGACAGAGGAGAGCAUCUGUACUAACCUAUUUACAGACACAAAAUGAACAAAUCCUUUUGUCCUCAUGUCAGCUUCGACUUUACAGGCAGAUUUCUGCCUCCUGUUUACAUCGUAGUCUUCAUCGUUGGUCUGGUAGCUAACGGAUGGGGACUGAAGUCUUUGCUGCACAACUGGAAGAAGCUAAAAAUCAUCAAUGUUUUUGUUCUCAACCUUGGACUUGCUGAUAUUUUGUACCUGCUCACUCUCCCAUUUUUGGUGGUGUACUACUUUAUGAAGAGUAAAUGGAUCUUUGGAGACGCAUUCUGCAAGAUCACAAGAUUCUGCUUCAACCUGAAUCUCUAUGGCAGCAUCGGGUUCCUCACUUGUAUAAGUGUGUACAGGUACCUGGCCAUUGUCCAUCCAGUGAGAGUGAUGGGAAGAAUAACUGUCACCCACUCUGUGAUCAUCUCAGUCAUGGUUUGGCUGUUGAACCUCAACCUCUGGUCAAGAGUUCUGUCCAACCAGAAGAUAUGUGCUGAAUGGUCCAAUGGAGUCUACAUUACUCAUCAGAUAAGCCGUGGCCUUGUGUGUCUGAACAGUGCUCUCAACCCUCUGGUUUACCUCCAUGGUAAUGAAGAUAUUCCUGCUCAGCUCAGACAGCUGCUCCAGCAAGCUUGUCAGAUGUUCAGCCGUUCACCUCCAACAAACUCUGGCGGUGUGUCCAUGGCACAAAUUGCAGAUGGAGAUUAACACAAGAUGAACAUGUUUAACAGUAACAUGAUAAACAUUAUACUGUGUAUGUCAUAACUGAAAAGGAAUAGUGAUUUAAAAACAAUAAUGCUAAGAAUUCUAAAUAAAAUCAAGAACUCUGUCAAAAAAGAAGAUAUGCCAAAAAUGGUUUCAUGAAGCCCUCAUUGCUCACCAGAUAAGUUGUGACCUUGUGUGUCUGAACAGUGCUGUCAACCCUCUAGUUUGCCUUCAUGACAAUGAAGAUAGUCCUGCUCAGCUCAGAUAACAACUCCAGCAAUCUGGCUGUGUGCCUGUGGCACAAACUGCAGAUGAAGUUUAACACAAGUAAAUAUGUUUCAUAGUAAUUCCGUGAAAAGCGUUCAGUUAAUGGCACCCAUGGUAAUUGCAAGUGUACUUCUUGUAAAAAUUAUGAAACAGUCUCAUCAUUACAUUGUCUUUAUUGCAAAGGUCUGUAAUUCUUCCUUGUGUCAUUGUGUCCAUGUUCAUUUGUAAUCAUGUAUGUAGAUAAAUCUUUGUUUUCAAAAACAAUAAACUCACCGUCUCAUAUUUUAUAUUUGUAUUUUUUUUAGUUGUGAAUGAAUGAUAAUGAUAAUUAAAUACCAUAAAGGGAAAGCAUAACAA